CUUUUGAGGAUGAUAUUUGAUUGCUGUAUUUGGAAUUUAGGAGUAUUAUUAUUAUGUUCUUAAAGAGUUGAAAAUUGGUUUUGCCCUUGUGUCUAGUUGCAGAUUAGGGUACAUCUGAUCAUGUUACCUUCAACUAUGUAGUUGCACAUAAUUUGAUAACGAGGGAGUAAUUCAAGAGGCAGAAUGAUAGAUCGCCUACUAGGUUGGGACCACGACGCUGGAUUUGGUUUUAGACCACAAGCUAUUAAUUAGAGGCAGAAAGACCACCGACACCACUUCCUAUUGAAGUUACGUUCCUACCACCACAUCGUGUUAUCCGUUUCAAGAAAAAUCAGCCGAAGUUCAUGUAGAGAAAAGGCUAAAUUACAUUCGCGUCCCUUGACUUAAUUUCAGAGUAGAUAACUACGACACGACAUAAACCAUGAAAAUGUUGAAUUGUUAGAUAAAUCUACAAAUUGAAAGAAGCAACCUUACCCUCAAGAAACCAUUAUUUUCCAAUUACUCUUCAUUUCUCAAUCUCAGCAAACAUGAGCUGGUGGUGGUCCGGAGCAAUUGGCGCUGCCAAGAAGAAAUUGGAAGAAGAUGAAGCACCGCGAAUCUACCACAGCGUCGGAUUAAUAGUCGGCGUCACAGGUAUCGUCGGCAACAGCCUCGCCGAAAUUCUACCUCUCCCCGACACACCAGGCGGCCGAUGGAAAGUCUACGGCGUCGCACGGCGACCGCGACCUUCCUGGAACGCCGAUCACCCCAUCGAAUACAUCCAAUGCGACAUCACAGAUCCAAACGAAACCCAAUCCAAACUCUCCGUUCUCACUGACGUCACACACAUUUUCUACGUCUCUUGGACCAAACGUCCCACCGAAGCAGAAAACUGCGAAGUUAACGGCGCAAUGUUACGGAACGUCCUCCGCGCCGUUAUCCCAAACGCUCCGAAUCUCCGCCACGUUUCGCUUCAAACAGGAGGCAAGCACUAUGUAGGACCGUUCGAUUUGAUUGGCAAGGUUAAUAGCCACGAGCCGCCGUUCACGGAAGAUCUACCGCGUUUGGAUGCACCGAAUUUCUAUUACACACAGGAAGAUAUUUUGUUCGAAGAAACUGGAAAAAAAGAGGGUUUGAAAUGGUCUAUUCACAGACCCGAAGUUAUCUUUGGAUUUUCACCUUAUAGUUCGAUGAAUAUUAUUGGAUCUCUUUGUGUUUACGCUGCAAUUUGCAAGCACGAAGGUGUUCCGUUGAGAUUUCCUGGUACAAAGGAAGUGUGGGAGGAUUAUUAUGUUGUUUCUGAUGCUGAUUUGAUUGCGGAGCAACAUAUUUGGGCUGCGGUGGAUCCUUAUGCGAAGAAUGAAGCUUUUAAUUGUAGCAAUGGUGAUGUUUUUAGGUGGAAGCAAUUGUGGAAGGUUUUGGCGGAACAGUUUGGGAUUGAAGAGUAUGGAUAUGAGGAGGGUCCUCGUUUGAAGUUGUCUGAAUUGAUGAAGGAUAAAGGUCCUGUUUGGGAUGAGAUUGUGAAAUUGAAUAAGCUGGAAGCUACCAACAUUGAUGAGGUUGGUAAUUGGUGGUUUGCGGAUUUUACGUUUGGUGGGAUACGUAUUGUUGAUAGUAUGAAUAAGGCGAAAGAGCAUGGUUUUUUCGGAUUUAGGAACACUAAAAAUUCUCUUAUUACUUGGAUAGAUAGGACCAGGGCUUUUAAGAUUGUUCCUUGAGUAAUGUCUGUUCUCUGUCCUGUUUUUUGCUGCACUAUCAAUAAUGUUGUACUGGGAGAGAUGAGUUUUCUGUUUUUGUAGAUCAAUUUAGACAUUAUAUGCUUUCGACCUUAAAAAUGAAGUUCUCUAUGAAGAUGGUUGUUACUUCAUUCUCUCAUAAGUUGAAACACGACUAACAGAAUGAAGUGAAAAGUUGGUUCCAUUUA